AUUGAGGGUUUUAGAAGCAAACAUUUCCUCGCCUUUCGAGAAAGCUUGAGAGCGAUUUUUUUUUCUCUCUGAUGAAGAUUUUCAUUUUCUGAUCAAAAUUCCCAAACAGGAAUUAAUUCACAGGGCGAAAAGGGGGGGAUAUUGACGAUUAUUCGAGGAGCUAGGGUUUUGGGGGGCAGGGAACACUAUAGAGUUUGACAUCUCUUGCUGCGUCUAUAACAAGCACUUUCGUAUCAGCUGAGUAAAAUGACGACGGAGAGUCCAAUGAGGAUAAUUGGAGGCAGCAGAUCCAGGAAUUGGCCUUCAAGCAGGGACGCAACUUCAUAUACCUCAUCUGCGAGUAACAUGACUGCACAAGAGUUGGGGAUGCUUUUACAAGGACAUAGUUUUAAUGGGAACAGGGAGUUCACCGGCCCCAACAGGAGUGGUAGUGCACCCCCUAGCAUGGAGGGCUCAAGUUUGGCCAUUGGUGACCUAAGAAGGCAUCAAAACUCAAGCUUGGAAGGUAUCAUUGAAAACCUAACUAGUGCAGUUGAAACCUCUGAGUCCGAAGAGCAACUAAGAUCUGAUCCGGCUUAUCUUGCAUAUUAUCACUCCAAUGUGAAUUUAAACCCCAGGCUCCCUCAACCUCUUCUGUCCCGAGAUAACCGAAGACUGGUCCAUAAUGUUGGUGCUCUGGGGGAAGAUUGGAGGGUGUCAUCCUUUGAUGAUAGUACAAAGGAGCCCUUUGUGUCCAGACCUGCUCUCGCCGCUCAUGAGGAGAAACCUCAAGAUGACAAGUCACCUAAAAUUGAAUGUGAUGAGAAGGCAGGAAGUAGUUCUGCAUUUGUGUCUGGACAGCAUACAUCUUCUUUGCAAGGACGUCAUAAAAGUCUCGUGGAUUUGAUUCAGGAAGAUUUCCCUCGGACUCCUUCUCCUAUAUACAGUAACCAAACUCAUCCGUCAAGACAUAGUUCUACAGAACCAAUAGAUUUGGAUGCCUUAAACUCUGCACAAGAUUCUUCAAUCAGCAUGUCUGUAGCAGAGUCCAAAACAAUCAGUCAUCAUGCUCCCAUUGCAUGUGUUCAAUCAGCUGAAUCGAACCCAAAGCAUGAUGUUUCUGCUUCUUUGUUGAUGCCAUCAUCCGCUGGGCAGAAAGGACAAACAAACACUUCGAUUACCAAUAUGGACUGUCAUACCAGUGUGGUUGGUGCUAGUUUUGGUAGUAUUGAAGAUGAGACAAAGAACUUAAGGAUAUCUAAUGGUGGACACAGAAGUCAACUUGCACGACAACACCCUCAACAAAGCAGCUUGCAAGCACGAGGUUCCUCUUUUCAAGCUCGCCCGGGUCACUCUCUGGUGACUAAUCCAAGAACACCAAAUACUAACAAUUCAGCGGACCAUUUUUCACACGGCCAGUCAAAACUACCGGCAUCCGAAGUACAACCUGCAUUGGUAUCUGCUGGAGUCGCACCACCAUUAUAUGCUGCGUAUGGAGCAUCAUACCACCCUAACCUGCAGCCCUCUAGUUUGUUUGCUCCGCAGUUAGCUAUGGGUAGUUAUGCAUUGAAUACGUCACUUGUUCCUCCUUUUAUAACCGGAUAUUCUCCCUAUGGCGCAGUUCCUGUGCCUCUUGAAAAUGCCACUCCAAACUUUGGACCUGGAAUGCCUGCCGUCUCAACCGGAUACAGUGCAACUCCUAUGGCCGAUAUGCAGAAUCUCUAUAAGCUCUAUGGACAACUUGGUAUUGCAGCUCAACCUUCAUUUCCGGAUCCUAUCUACAUGUCUUAUUUUCAGCAUCCUUCUGUAGAUCCAUAUGCUGGUAUAGGUCAAUAUGAUCAUGUAGCGUCCAGGGGAAGUACUAUGGGAGGCCCACUAGCUAACUAUGAUCAACAAAGGGGACAAGUACAUGCACCUGAUCAUAGGCCUCAAUCUCUGAGAACUGGUUCCAUCAACGUCUCAGGUGUCAGGAAAGACGGAAAUGCCAGCCCAGACUAUCCUGGAGGUCUCCAGAAUGUUGCUGUGUUGAUGCAGUACCCUACCUCUCCUCUUGGUAGUCCAAUAUACCAAGGGUCGCCUGUGGCCAGUGCAAGUCCAUCUGGUAGGAGAAAUGACAAUAUGCGGUUUUCAAUCAACUCACCUCGAACCGGAGGUGCUUAUUCUGGAUGGCAAGGACAGAGGGGGCGAGAAAAGUUUGAUGAACAAAAACCUCCCUCUUUUCUUGAGGAGCUGAAAUCUAGCAAAUCUAGGAGAUAUGAACUGUCAGAUAUUGUUGGGCGCAUUGUUGAAUUCAGUGCUGAUCAACAUGGGAGUCGAUUUAUUCAGCAGAAGCUAGAAACAUGUACUAUUGAAGAGAAGGCAGCUGUCUUUCAAGAAGUGCUUCCCCAUGCUUCAACAUUAAUGACUGAUGUAUUUGGGAAUUAUGUAAUUCAAAAGUUCUUUGAAUAUGGAAGCCCUGAGCAGAGAAAAGAACUUGCAAAUAAACUUGUUGGUCAUGUCUUGCCCUUGAGUCUUCAGAUGUAUGGCUGUCGUGUAAUUCAAAAGGCACUUGAAGUGAUUGAUCUUGAGCAGAAAACACAGCUUGUCCAUGAACUUGAUGGACAUGUUAUGCGUUGUGUGCGUGACCAGAAUGGAAAUCAUGUAAUUCAAAAGUGUAUUGAGUGUAUUCCAUCAGAGAAAAUUGAUUUUAUCAUUUCUGCUUUCCGUGGUAAUGUUGCGUCGCUUUCUAUGCACCCUUAUGGUUGCCGGGUGAUUCAGAGAGUGCUGGAGCAUUGUACUGAUGAGGUGCAGAGUCAGUGUAUUGUGGAUGAGAUUUUGCAGUCUGCUUGCACUCUUGCCCAGGACCAGUAUGGCAAUUAUGUUACUCAGCAUGUAUUAGAGGGAGGAAAAUCACUUGAAAGAAGCCAAAUUAUUAAAAAAUUGGCUGGACAAGUUGUGCAAAUGAGCCAGCACAAGUUUGCAUCAAAUGUUAUUGAAAAGUGUUUGGAACAUGGUAGUUCUGCAGAGAGGGAUCUUCUGAUUGAAGAAAUAGUGGGUCAAACUGAAGGAAAUGACAACUUAUUGGUUAUGAUGAAAGAUCAAUUUGCAAAUUAUGUGGUUCAGAAGAUUCUUGAAACAUGUAAUGAUAAGCAGCGAGAGAUCUUGCUUAAUCGCGCAAAAGUUCACCUGCAAGCUCUGAAAAAGUACACUUAUGGCAAACACAUUGUUGCACGGGUCGAACAAUUAUGUGGUGAAGAAGCUAAUUAUGCUGCAGAAUCAUAAUUAUUCAUACAGCGUCCCUGAUGAUGCAAAUCCAGACGCAAAUCCAGACUGGUGUUUGGAGGGGCAGCCAAUUCAUUAUGAUGUCAAACUACCCUGAACUAAGAUUGUAUAUGUCUUCAGGGUCUUCUUUCUGAGGUAGUUUGAUGUAGUACAAAGUCUCGACAGAAAAAAAACAUGGUCUUAAUAUAUAUGUGUAUUGUAUACCCUUAAGGUGGUUUGACGUAACAUUGUAUGUAAUAGCAAAAUCUUAGGUUAGGCCCCUGGUCAUUACUAUUCUUCUUGUCUCUGUGACAUAAAGCGUUGAUCAAUCACGUUAUGCUGACCAAGGGAGCAGCUUUGCUUU